AUGGUGGUGGCCGAGCCCGAGGACGACCCCCCACUGAGUGCCACGCCCCCCAUUUUUGACACCCCCUACCCCCCCCCUUUUCUGACCCUUCCCAGUUUAUUUUCGGGCACUGGUGAACUUCACCCGCAGCAUCGACUACAGCCGGCAGCUGGAGGACCUGAAUCCGAGGAAUUCCGGGAGAUUUCCGAGGCCGUGGUGGAUACGCUGGAGUCGGAGUAUUAUAAGGUGCCUGGGGAGCAGGUGGUCAGCGUGGUCUUCAUCAAAGAGCUGGAAGGCGACGUCUUCGUGGAGCUGGACGUGGGCUCGGAGGGGAACGGGGACGAGGAACAGCUGCGGGGGGUCUUGCGGGACCUGGUGGCCGCCGGAUCCAUCGCCUCCUACCUCACCUCCCCCCACGGCUUCCAGUUCCGCCGCCUGGGGGCUGUGACCCCCCACCCACGUGCUUGCACCCCCUUGGAGUUCACCUGCGGCAGCGGUGAAUGCGUCGCCGCUGAAUACCGCUGCGACCGCCGGCCCGAUUGUCGCGACGCCUCCGACGAGGAUGGCUGUGAGCCCUUGACACGGAUGCCCCCCACCACCGCCCGCCCCGCCACCACCGCCCGGUGAGCACCGUCAUUGUCGCUGCCACCGCCCCCCCCACGCCGCCCGCUCACCCCGCGCCCCCCCAAGCCCCCAGCCGGGGGGUGCCGAGUGGGCGAAGCCCCCUGCGCCGACGGGCGCUGCGUCCCCCGCGAUUACCUCUGCGACGGCGAGCCCGACUGCGCCGACGGCAGCGACGAGGAGGCUUGCGGCACCCCCUCGCCCUGCGAACCCAACGAAUUCAAGUGCCGCAACGGGCACUGCGCCCUGAAGCUUUGGCGCUGCGACGGCGAGAACGACUGCGGCGAUGGCAGUGAUGAGACCGAUUGCCCCACCAAGGCACCCGGUGCGGCGUGCGGGCCGGCGGAGUUUCGAUGCGUGGCGAGCGGCACCUGCAUCCGUGCCAGCUACCAGUGCGACCGGGAACCCGACUGUCCCGACCGCUCCGAUGAGGUCGGCUGCGUGCCCCCGCAGGUGGUGUCGCUGCCACAGGAGGCGGUGCGGGCCGUGCCAGGCCAGACCGUGACCUUCACCUGCGCUGCCACCGGCGUCCCCACCCCCAUUGUCACCUGGCGCCUCAACUGGGGCCACACGCCCAGCAGCCACAGGGUGUCGAUCGUGAGCGAGGCCGGGCAGGGCACACUGACCAUCCGGGAUGUGAAAGAGGCCGACCAAGGUGCCUACACCUGCGAGGCCAUCAACACCCUCGGCAUGGUCUUCGGCAUCCCCGACAGCAUCCUCACCGUCACCCGCCCCGGGCCAUGCCCUGAAGGCCACUUCCAGGUGACGGGGACAUCCCGCUGCCUGCCUUGCUUCUGCUUCGGUGUCACCACCGCCUGCCGUGCGACCGCCCGGCACCGCCAUCGCCUCCACCUUCGCUUUGACCGCCCCGACAACUUCAAGGGUGUCAACGUGACAGUGCCGACAGUGCCAUCUCCACCAGUGCUCUCGGCCACCCAGCUCCACGUGGACGUGAGCACUGAGGAAUUCCAGCUCCUGGAUCUGUCCCGCCGCUUCCUGGCCCUUGACGCCUUCUGGGCGCUGCCGGACACCUUCCUUGGGGACAAGGUGGAUGCCUACGGGGGAGCACUGAGCUACGGGGUGCGGUACCGGCUGGGGCGGGGGCCCCCAGAGCCCACCGCCCAUCCUGACGUGGUGCUGCGGGGCCACGGGCGGCAGCUGCGGGCGCGUGCUGGGGCCACCCAGCCCGAUGUCCUCAACCGGCGGCAUGUGCCCUUCACCGAGGACCACUGGGAGGAUGAGGAGGGUGCCCCAGUCAGCCGGGAGCUGCUGCUGCUGGUGCUGCAGGAACUGGAGGGCAUCUUCAUCCGGGCGGUCUACGAUGGGCGCAUGGCCAGCGUGGGGCUCAGUGACGUGGCCAUGGAUGUCACCAGUGCUGGUGACACCGGCCUGGGGCCAGCCGGCGACGUUGAGGAGUGCAGGUGCCCCGUGGGCUACACUGGGCUGUCAUGCCAGCGCUGUGCCACACGCUUCGAGCGGGUGACGAGGGGACCUUACCUGGGGACCUGCUCUGGUUGUGGCUGCCACGGCCACUCCAGCACCUGUGACCCCGUUUUUGGGCACUGCCUGAACUGCCAGCACAACACGGAGGGUCCCCAGUGCGAGAAGUGCAAACCUGGCUUCUUUGGCGAUGCCACCAAGGGCACGCCCACUGCCUGUCACCCCUGUCCCUGUCCCUACACUGAGCCGUCUCGCAGGUUUUCGGAGUCGUGCUUUUUGGACACGGAUGGCCAAGCCACCUGUGACGCCUGCGCGCCCGGUUACGCUGGCCGCCGCUGUGAGAGGUGCGCCCCAGGCUAUGAGGGAGACCCCAUCCAGCCGGGUGGCAAGUGCACCCCGAUUGGCCAGGAGCUCGUCAAGUGUGACACCCGCGGGGGCAAGGACGAUGCCGGUGGCAAGUGCCGCUGCAAGCCCAACGUGCGGGGCCGGCUGUGUGACGCUUGCGCCGCCGGCACCUUCCACCUGAGCGCGGCCAACCCCGACGGCUGCCUGCAGUGCUUCUGCAUGGGCGUCUCGCGGCACUGCGCCAGCUCCGCCUGGCACCGCCACCAGGUCCUUCUCACGGCUGAGGAGACGCCGGUGCUGAGCCUGGCCAACCCGGCUGGCACGCAGACGGUGGGCGAUGGCAUCCGCUUCUCCUCCCCGCGGGAGCUGCUCUUCGCCGCCUUCCCCACGCUGCCCCGUGACGUCUACUACUGGGUGCUGCCCGCGCCCUUCACCGGUGACAAGGUGACAUCAUACGGUGGUGAGCUGCGGUACGUGGUGACGCAUCGGGCACUGGUGGGUGCCCAACCUUUGCUGCACCAGCCGGAUGUCCUGCUGCAGGGCAAUGGCAUCCUCCUGAAGCACUUCUCUGAUGCCAACCCCCCCUCCGGCGUCCCCACCGCUGUCACCGUGCCCUUCCGUGAGCAUGCCUGGCGACGGACGGACGGGCGCGAUGCCACCCGGGAGCAUCUCCUGAUGGCUUUGGCUGACAUUGACCUCUUCAUGAUCCGGGCGUCCUACUCGGAUCAACCGGAGGAGAGCAGACUGGCCGAUGUCAGCCUGGAUGUGGCAGUGCCACAUGCCACCGGCCGCCCGCCCGCGCUGGAGGUGGAGGAUUGCGCCUGCCCAGAUGGUUACCGCGGUGCCUCCUGCCAGGACUGUGACACCGGCUACACCCGCAGCACUGCAGGGCUCUACCUGGGCACGUGUGAGCCGUGCCAGUGCCACGGCCACGCUGCCGAGUGCCACCCUGAGACUGGCGUCUGCCAGGGCUGCCGGGAUCACACGGAGGGCGCCCAAUGUGACAAGUGCCAACCCGGCUACUACGGUGAUGCCACCCGGGGUACCCCGGGUGACUGCCAGCCCUGUCCUUGCCAUGGACCCCACGGUGACACCCAGGUGACAAAGAGCUGCUUCGAGGACACAGAUGGGCAGCCCACCUGCAGCGCCUGUGCCCCAGGACACAGCGGGCGCCUCUGCGAGAGGUGCUUGCCUGGGUAUGUGGGGGACCCGCUGAGGGGAGAGCUGUGCCGAGAGCCGGGUGUCCCCAGCGGGCAGUGCCAGUGUGACCCACGCGGCAGCACCGGCGAGGGCUGUGACGCUGACGGGCAGUGCCGCUGCAAGGCCAAUGUGGAGGGUCCCCGCUGUGCCACCUGCCGUCCCCACCAUUUCCACCUGAGCGCCGGCGAGCCGGCUGGCUGCCUGCCCUGCUUCUGCAUGGGCAUCAUCCAGCACUGCGCCAGCACCGCCUACGCCCGCGGCACCGUCCGGACGCCCUUCGCUGCCGGUGAUCCCCAGGGAUUCGCCUUGGUGAACCGGCAGCGCAGCACCCGGGUGGGCACCGGCUUCAGGGUGGAGCCGGGCACCCCCCAGCCCCGCUUGACCUACGACCGUUUUGGGGAGCUGCCCCCCGACUCCUACUACUGGCAGCUGCCGCACCCCUACCAGGGGGACAAGGUGGGCUCCUACGGCGGGCGCCUCCGCUACACCCUGACCUACACCCCGGGGGGGCAGGGAGCCCCCCUGCCCGAUGCUGACAUCCAGAUCACGGGCAACGACAUCACGCUGGUGGCGUACCAUCCCGACCUGCUGCUACGGGCACCCCAGACCUUCGAGAUUGUUUUUCGGGAGCAAUACUGGCAGCGGCCGGAUGGGCAACCAGCGACGCGGGAGCAUCUCCUGAUGGCUUUGGCAGACCUGGAUGAGAUCCUCAUCCGAGCCACCUACUCCACCAGCACCGCCGCAUCCAGCAUUGCUGACAUCGCCAUGGAUGUGGCUGUGCCCCCCCAGCCCGGCCUCCCCCCAGCCCCCGAGGUGGAGGAAUGCCGCUGUCCCCCUGGGUACCACGGGCUGUCCUGCCAGGAUUGUGCCCCCGGGUACACCCGCACCGGGGGGGGGCUGUACCUUGGGCACUGCGAGCUCUGCGAGUGCAACGGCCAUUCAGAGAGCUGCCACCCCGAGAGCGGCGUCUGCUCCGGAUGCUUGCACAACACAGCAGGGGACUUCUGUGACCAGUGUGCCCCUGGUUUCUACGGGGAUGCCACCGCCGGUACCCCUGAGGACUGCCAGCCCUGCGCCUGUCCCCUCCCGUACCCCGAAAACCAGUUCUCCAGGACCUGUGAGAGCCUGGGGGGCGGCGGGUACCGCUGCACCGCCUGCGAGCCAGGCUACACCGGGCAGUACUGCGAGCGCUGCGCGCCCGGCUACAUGGGUGACCCCACGGUGCGCGGGCAGGCGUGCAUCCCGGUGGGCUCCCCACUGCCACUGGUGGUCCGCAUCCACCCGCCGCGCACCACGGUGGCCCAGGGCAGUGCCGUCACCCUGCGGUGCCAGGCCAGCGGCGAGCCCCCCUUCUAUUACCACUGGACGCGAGAAGAUGGGCGACCCCUCCCCAAGGGCGCCCAGAGUCGGCGACAAGAUGAGGAGCUGCACUUUGCCAGCAUCCAGCCCUCUGAUGCCGGUGUCUACGUCUGCUCCUGCCGCAACCUACGGCACAGCAACGCCAGCCGCGCCGAGGUCAUUGUCACCGAGACCCCUAGCAAACCCAUCACUGUCACUGUGGAGGAGAAGCGAGUGCAGCGGGUGAAGCCCGGGGCUGAUGUCACCUUUGUCUGCACUGCCAAGAGCAAGUCGCCCGCCUACACCCUGGUGUGGACGCGGCAGAACCACGGGACGCUGCCGGCGGGCGCUGUGGACUUCAACGGCAUCCUCACGCUGCGCAACGUGCGGCCCGAGGACGCUGGCGUCUACAUCUGCACCGGCUCCAACAUGCUGGACAUGGACGAGGGCACCGCCACGCUCUAUGUCCAGGCCCCUUCAAAGACCCAGAUGUUUUAUGGACCUGUUGAGUUUAUGGAGGGGCACAGACCAGCCGGCACCGCCGCUGCCCCCACCGCUGCCGUGGAGCCGGCACAGCUGAGUGUGGCACCGGGGCAACCGGCAGAGUUUCGCUGUGUGGUCACCGGCAACCCCCUGCCCACCCUGGAGUGGCUCGGCACGCUGCCGCCACGGGCGGUGGUUCAGGGUGGGACGCUGCGUUUCGGUGCUGUGGAGCCCGCCGACGAGGGGUACUACGCGUGUCGGGCACGCAGCAGCGCCGGGCAGCACACGGCGCGUGCCUUCCUCCACGUGCAAGCCGCCAGUGCACCCCAGGUGCAGGUGAGCCCGGAGCGGACAGAGGUGCAGGAGGGCUCCACGGUGCGGCUCUACUGCCGGGUCUCGGGGUCACCCACUGCCACCAUCACCUGGGAGAAGCAAGGGGGGACUCUUCCACCACAGUCCCGCGCCGAGCAUGCCGACAUCGCCACGCUGGUCAUCCCUGCUGUGACAGCAGCUGACGGUGGCAUCUACCUCUGCGUGGGCACCAGCACCGCUGGCACAGCCCGCGCUGCCAUCGAGGUGGCAGUGGUGCCAGCAUUGGCGCCGCCUGUCCGCAUCGAAUCCUCGUCCCCAUCUGUUACCGAGGGACAGACCCUGGACCUCGACUGCCUGGUGGCAGGAUCUGGCCCUGCCACCGUGAUGUGGUACAAGCGCGGUGGCUCCCUGCCUGCCGGCCACCAGGUUUCAGGGUCCCGGCUUCGUGUCCCCCACGUCACGGCAGCUGAUUCAGGGGAGUACGUGUGCCGGGCGAGCUUGGGGACCACCGUCCGGGAGGCAUCUGCCAUUGUCACUGUUGUAGCUGGAACUGGCUCAUCCUAUGGGCCACCAGCUUCAGGUGUCCCCGUCCGGAUCGAGGCGUCCUCAUCCACCGUGGCCGAGGGACAGAGCCUGGACCUCAACUGCAUGGUGGCUGGGCAGGGACAGGCCACCAUCACCUGGUACAAGCGCGGGGGGGCCCUCCCAGCCAAGCACCAGGUGUCCGGCUCCCGGCUGCGGCUGCUGCAGGUGACAGCGGCUGACUCGGGCGAGUAUGUGUGCCGGGUGACCAGUGGGGCCACCACCAAGGAGACCUCCAUCAUGGUGACGAUCCAGCCCAGUAGUGCCGGUGCCUACUCCCCGGGCAGCACUACGCCCCUGCACAUCGAGUCCUCGUCCUUGUCAUCCCCUGUGGCCGAGGGACAGACCUUGGACCUCAACUGUGUCAUCGCCAGCCCCGCACAGGCCACCGUCACCUGGUACAAGCGCGGGGGGUCCCUCCCGGCCAAGCACCAGGUGUCCGGCUCCCGGCUGCGGCUGCUGCAGGUGACAGCGGCUGACUCGGGCGAGUACGUGUGCCGGGUGACCAGUGGGGCCACAACCAAGGAGACCUCCAUCGUGGUGACGAUCCAGCCCAGCGGUGCCAAUGCCUACCCCGCUGGUGUCACCCCACCUGUGCGCAUCGAGUCCUCGUCCUCCUCCAUGGCUGAGGGACAGACCCUGGAUCUCAACUGCAUUGUGGCCGGGCAGGGACAGGCCACCAUCACCUGGUACAAGCGUGGUGGGUCCCUCCCAGCCAAGCACCAGGUGUCGGGCACCCACCUGCGCAUCCCCCAGGUGACAGCGGCUGAUUCAGGAGAGUACGUGUGCCGCGUGACAUCAGGCGGCGUCACGCACGAGACGUCCCUCAUUGUCACCAUCCAGACUGGUGCUGGCUCCUCUUACGCUGUCGGGGUCACACCGCCGGUGAGGAUCGAGACCUCCUCUGCCUCCGUCACCGAGGGACAGACCCUGGACCUCAACUGCAUGGUGGCAGGACAGGGCCACCCUCAUGUCACCUGGUACCGGCGCGGGGGAGCUCUGCCCCCCAACAGCCAGGUGUCAGGGACCCGCCUGCGCCUUGUCCAGGUGGCGGUGGCCGAUUCAGGGGAGUAUGUGUGCCGGGUGACCCUGGGGACCGUCACACAGGAGGCAUCUGUCAUUGUCACUGUGCCCGGCGGUGCUGGCACCUAUUACUCCUCCGGUGUCUCCCAGCCCCUCCGCAUCGAGUCCUCAUCCUCAGCCAUCGCUGAGGGACAGACCCUGGACCUCAACUGUGUGGUGGCAGGAUCCAGCCCUGCCACAGUGACAUGGUACAAGCGCGGUGGCUCCCUGCCCGCUGGCCACCAGGUGUCGGGCACCCGCCUGCGCAUCCCCCAGGUGACAGCGGCUGAUUCGGGGGAGUACGUGUGCCGGGUGACGUCAGGCGGUGUCACGCACGAGACAUCCCUCAUCGUCACCAUUGAUGACGGAGCCAGCCCAUCCCACCCCACCGGUGUCACGCCGCCCAUCCGCAUCGAGUCCUCGGCAUCCUCUGUCACCGAGGGACAGACCCUGGACCUGGACUGUGUGGUGGCCGGGCAGGGACAGGCCACCAUCACCUGGUACAAGCGUGGGGGUCCCCUCCCAGCCAAGCACCAGGUUUCGGGGUCCCGCUUGCGGCUGUCCCAGCUCUCAGUGGCUGAUUCGGGGGAGUACGUGUGUCGGGCAGACACGGGCAGCUUCUCCCGUGAGGCCACUGUCACUGUCACCGUCACCUCCCGGGACAGCUCCAGUUACCGUCUGCAGAGCCCCAUCAUCUCCAUUGACCCACACAGCAUGGCGGUGGCACCAGGCGAGGAUGCCACCUUCAAGUGCCGUGUCCACGACGGCGCCCGGCCCGUCAACGUCACUUGGCGGAUGGGACCUGGCCAACAUCUCCAAGACAAUGUGAAGAUCAGCCCCAAUGGCUCCGUCAUCUCCAUCACCGGCGCCCAUGUGGGCAACCAGGGUGCAUACCACUGUGUGGCCUCCAACCGCUUCGGCGUCGCCAGCAGCGUCGUCAACCUCCUGGUGCAAGGUGCCCCCACGGUGUCAGUGAUGCCACCAGGCCCUGUGACAGUGAAGGAGGGCAAAUCCCUCAGCCUGGAGUGCCUUGGCCGGGGCGAACCCCGGCCGCUGGUGCGCUGGAGCCGGCUGGGCUCCCGGCAGAAGGUGGAGCACCAAACGCUGCUGCACAUGGACAGCCAGGCCAUCCUGCAGCUUUCACCAGCCAAGCUGGAGCAUGCCGGGACCUACGUCUGCACGGCACACAGCGCCCUGGGUUCGGCACAAGCCCGGGUGGAUGUCCAUGUGGUGACGGCGCAGUCGCACCCUGGGGCCCCUGAGGUCACCGCGCCAUCCACUGUCACUGUGGUGGCUGGGGACACCGCAACGCUGCACUGCACAGCCAGAGGUGAGCCAGCACCGCGGAUCGAGUGGUCAAAGCUGCGGGCACCCCUGCCCUGGCAGCACCGGGUGGUGAACGGCAGCCUGGUCAUCCCCCGCGCCGCGCAGCAGGACUCGGGCCAGUACAUCUGCAACGCCAGCAGCCCCGCUGGCUUUGCCGAGGUCUUCGUCACCCUCGACGUGGAGACACCACCGUACGCCACCAGCCUGCCGGAGGAGACCGCGGUGCGUGCCGGUGAUGCGCUGCAGGUGCAAUGCCUGGCCCAUGGCACCCCACCGCUGCUCUAUGCUUGGGACAAGGUCAAUGGCAGCCUCUCGGCCCGCGCCAUCCACCGUGCCGGCCUCCUCCGCAUCAGCCCGGUGUUGCCCGCCGAUGCUGGCACCUACCGUUGCCUCGUCACCAACCGCGUUGGCACUGCUGAGAGCUUCGCUCACGUGGCCGUUCACGGGGAUGCUGGUGAUGGUGGUGAUGCCGGCGGCGGUCCCUUGACGGUACGGAUAACGCCGGGGAGCCUCGUCAAGGGGGUGGGCAGCACCGCCGAAUUUGCCUGCACCGUCUCGGGGGACCCCCGGGCACGUCUGGAGUGGCUGAAGGAUGGCGGGGAGCUGCCCUCCAGCCACAGCGUGCGGGAUGGGGUGCUGCGGAUGCCGGAGCUGGCGUGGGGGGCGCAGGGGGUGUACGUGUGCCGGGCCAGCGCCCCGGGCAGGCAGGCGGAGGACAGGGCCACCCUCACCAUCCAGGCUCUCCCCAGGGCCCUGAUCAACAUUCGGACGGCGGUGCAGACGGUGCUGGCGGGGAUGGCGGUGGAGCUGGAGUGCCUGGGCUUGGGUGAACCCCGUCCCCACGUCACCUGGAGCAAAGUGGGGGGCCAUAUCCGACCCGGGGUGCUGGUCCGCGCCGGCACCCUCACCAUCGAGCGGGUAGAACGGGCAGAUGCUGGGCAGUACCGUUGCACCGCCACCAAUGCUGUGGGCACCGUGCAGUCCCACGUCAUCCUCCAUGUUCAGGCUGCCCCCCAAAUCGCCGGGCAGCCGGAGGUGAAGGAGGUCUCAGUGGGUUCAGCGGCUGUUUUGCCCUGCUUGGCAUCUGGCUUCCCAGUGCCGGAGAUCACCUGGAGCAAGCUGGAGGGGGAGCUGCCGGCAGGUGCCAGGGUGGAGGGGAAUGUUUUGACGCUGCCGGCCGUGCACCAUGAGGAUGCUGGCGUCUACGCCUGCGCUGCCACCAACCACCGCGGCCAGGAGACUGCUUACUAUGUCCUCAAGGUCCGAGAGCGCCUGGUCCCCUAUUUCGGGCAGACGCCCCGCUCCUUCCUCCCCCUGCCCACCAUCAAGGAUGCCUACAAGAGGUUCGAGAUUGUCAUCACCUUCCGACCUGAUGCUGCUGAUGGGCUUCUCCUCUAUAACGGGCAGCGGAAAACCAGCGGCGCCGACUUCAUCUCCUUUGGUUUGGUGGGCGGCCGCCCUGAAUUUAGGUUUGAUGCUGGUUCGGGCAUGGCCACCAUCCGGCAUCCAACGCCGCUGCAGUUGGGCGAGUACCACACCGUCCGUCUGCUCCGCAACCUCACCAGGGGUUCGCUGGCACUGGAUGGGCACCCCCCCAUUAAUGGGACUUCCCAGGGGAAGUUCCAAGGGCUGGAUCUGAACGAGGAGCUGUACCUGGGGGGGUACCCCGAUUUUGGUGCCGUGGCUAAGACAGGGCUCAGCCGUGGAUUUAUGGGAUGCGUUCGCCAGCUCCGCAUCCAAGGGGAGGAGGUGGCUUUUGGGAACAUGGACCUGCAAGCACACGGUGUCACCAGUUGUCCCACCUGCCAGGACCAGCCGUGCCAGAAUGGCGGCGUGUGCCAGGAUGCCGAGAGUGGCACCUACAUCUGCCGCUGUCCCCCUGGCUUCACCGGCAGCAACUGCGAGUACUCGCGGGCUUUGCAUUGUCACCCAGAGGCAUGUGGGGCUGAUGCCACCUGCGUCAACCGGCCGGACGGGCAGGGCUAUACCUGCCGCUGCCACCUGGGCAAGGCUGGGGAGAGGUGCACCGAGGGCGAGGCGGUGAGCGUGCCAUCCUUCGGUGAGGCGGGCGCCUUCGUCUCCUACCCACCCCUCACCAACGUCCACCACGAGCUGCGGGUGGAAGCCGAGUUCCUGCCGCUGGCACCCGACGGGCUCCUGCUCUUCAGUGCCGGCAAAGCCGCCCCCGUUGAGGACUUUGUCGCCUUGACCAUGGCUGGUGGCCACCUCGAGUUCCGCUAUGAACUGGGCUCAGGCCCAGCAGUGCUCCGGAGCACUGAGCCGGUGACACUUGGCCACUGGCACCGGGUGACAGCCGAGCGGGUGCACAAGGAUGGGACGCUGGUGGUGGAUGACGCCGCCCCGGUGAAACGCUCCUCGCCCGGCAAGAGCCAAGGUCUCAACCUCCGCACCCCCCUUUACCUGGGGGGCACCGAGCCCCCCCUGCGCCCCCCAACCAACACCUCCUUCCGGGGCUGCAUUGGAGAGGUCUCCAUCAAUGGGAAGAAGGUGGAUUUGUCAUACAGCUUCCUACGGAGCCGUGGCGUGGGGCAGUGUGGGCAGCGCUCGCCCUGCCUGCACGCUGCCUGCCUGCACGGGGGCCGCUGCCUGCCCCUGCCGGCUGGCACCCCUGCCUACCGCUGCCUCUGCCCCCCCGGCUUCAGCGGGCCACGCUGCGAGCAGGAGGAGGACCGCUGCCUGCACCGAAACCCCUGCCUGCAUGGCGGCACCUGCAAGGGCAACGCCUGCCUCUGCCCACAGGGCUACACUGGCCCUUACUGCCAGCACAGCUUGGCACUGGUGGAGCUGGAGCAGGACUGGCAGGAAGGCAGCGGGGGUGGCGAUGCCCCAGGACAGUUCAGCGCCACUUUCCAGGACGGCUCCUACCUUGCCCUGCCUGGGCAGCUCUUUCCCCGGGGCCCACCCGAGGCGCCUGAGAGCAUCGAGCUGGAGCUGCGGACGGGCAGCGCCGACGGGCUGCUGCUGUGGCACGGGGCGGAGCCCGGCGAGGGUGGCAAAGCCAAAGACUUCAUUGGCCUCGGCUUGAAGGACGGGCACCUGGUGUUCAGCUACCAGCUGGGCAGCGGCGAGGCCACCAUCAUCUCUGAAGACCCCAUCAACGAUGGCGAGUGGCACCGCGUGGUGGUGACGAGGGAGGGCCGCCGCGGGCAGCUGCAAGUGGAUGGGGAAGAGCCGGUGAGCGGGGAGUCGCCGGGAGCCAACAUCAUGGCCAACACCCAGGGCAGCAUCUUCGUGGGCGGAGCCCCAGACCCCCGCAGCCUGACGGCCGGCAAGUUCUCCUCGGGCAUCACCGGCUGCCUGCGGGGGCUGGCGCUGGCGCCCCCCGGCACCCCCCGGCACCCCAUCGACCUGCGGCACGGUGCGGUGGGGGGCUCCCCCGCCCCCCCCCUGCCCCUCCUAACCCCCCCCAGCCUCUUUGGGGGGAUUGUGGCCAAUUUUACUCUUUUCCAAAAAAACCAAGCCAGGAGGAAACGGUGCUUCGCUGCCCCGGGGAGACUCCGGGGGGGGGGCCGGGACCCCCAAAAAUGUUUACACCCCCCCCCACCGGCACCCCGAAGCUGUGCCGGGGUGGCCGGGCCGCCUGGAUGCCCCCCAGGGUGGCAGCGGGGUGGGGCGCGAGGGACAAUCGGGGUGCUGGCGGGGACCCCCGCGGGGACAGCUAUUAAAGGAGAGAGAACCAGUGCGGCUGCGUGUCUGGGGGUGCGCCGGGGGUGGGGGGGCUGGGUAGUAUGGAACGUGUGGUAUGGGGGGGUGUAG